UUCGGUUUCCGGUUUCCGGUUGCUGCUUUAAGGCUUUGCAGCCUCCCCGACGCCGAGGGAAUCUAAAGUUGUAGAAAUUGAAGAAGGCAACUUUGUGUCUGCUUGUCGUGCGACGGAAUGGCAGGGGCACCCACUCUGUUUUAAACUGUCAAGGGAAGUGACUUCCAGGCAGAAAGAGGGAAAGAUUCAAGGUUGUGCUGAAAGUCUCCCAGGAGGACUGCGACAAUCCCACCGACUCCUGGGAAUCCCUGGCCUGUGACCCCUGGAGAGGCAGCUGCCAGGACUAUCCCAAGAGAAGGUGGCAACUUUCACCAGAAACUUCAAGGCUGUGCCACAGUACGGCUUUGCCCAGAACGUGGCAACUAGUGGUGACCUUCUACAGUCUUACCUCCAUCGGCAAGUUAUUCAAGAAACCUCACAGGUAUUCAAACAUGUCAUCCCUGCAGAAGGAAAGCCAGUUACCAACCAAAAAAAUUCAGGACGGUGCUGGAUCUUUUCUUGCCUCAAUGUGAUGCGUCUUCCAUUGAUGAAGAAAUUUAACAUUGAAGAACUUGAGCUCAGUCAAGCUUAUAUAUUCUAUUGGGAUAAGCUUGAGCGCUGUUACUAUUACUUGAAUGCAUUCAUUGAGAUUGCUCAGAGAACUGGCAAGGAAAAAGAGCCCUUUGAUGGUAGACUGUCACAGUUCCUGCUAGGGAAUCCUUCAAACGACGGAGGCCAGUGGAAUAUGCUUGUCAACCUCAUUGAAAAAUAUGGAGUUAUGCCUAAGAAAUGCUACCCUGAAUCUCACAGUUCAGAAGCCAGCAGAGCCAUGAAUGAUGUUCUGAAUCACAAGUUGCGAGAAUUCUAUUGGCGCCUGAGAAAGCUGGUAGAGAAUGGGUCAACUAAGGGGGAACUCUCUUCUCACAUGGAUGAUAUGAUUGAGCAGAUCUUCAGAAUCAUCAACAUUUGUCUGGGAACCCCCCCUGAAACUUUUACAUGGGAAUUCAGAGACAAAGAAAAAAACUACCAUAAGAUUGGGCCAAUCACACCUCUUCAGUUUUACCAAGAACAUGUGAAGCCACUUUUCAACGUGAAAGACAAGGUGUGCUUGGUUAAUGACCCUAGAUCCUUCAACCCCUAUGGAAAGCUGUACACAGUAGAUUUUCUGAAUAACAUGUCAGAUGCAAGCAAGACUUUGUAUGUCAACCAGCCGAUUGAGAUGUUGAAGCAGAUGGCCGCUGCUUCCAUCAAAGAUGGAGAGGCAGUCUGGUUUGGGUGUGAUGUAGGAAAACAAUUUUGCAGCAAGCUAGGAAUCAAUGAUCUCAAUAUACUGAACCGAGAGCUACUGUUUGGAGUUACUCUGAGGAAUUUGGGCAAAGCAGAAAGGCUGAUGUAUGGCGAAUCACAGAUGACACAUGCUAUGGUUCUAACUGGUUUCUCUGAAAAGGGUGAAAAUGAAGCAGAGUAUGAAAAAUGGAGAGUGGAAAAUUCAUGGGGAGAAGAAAGUGGGAACAAAGGUUACCUUGUUUUAUCAGACGAGUGGUUCACCGAAUACGUUUAUGAAGUGGUUGUGGAUAAGAAGCAUGUGCCAGCAGAGAUUCUUGAAGUACUGGAGCAGGAACCAAAAGUUCUUCCAGCUUGGGAUCCAAUGGGUGCUCUGGCAUGUGGAACCAAGAGCAAUUUCAUUCCACAGGCAUGAUUCACAUUCAAAAUACAAGGCAAUUAAAAAGGUGCAAAUUGUGAACUUUAAGGGAGAAGUAUUUUUACUUUGGUUUUCUUUAGUUUAUCUUUUAGUAUUUACAAAGACACCUAGCUAUAUUGUAACCUUGACAUAAACUGGUUAAUAUCUUUAACAAGAAUGCAUAGAAUGUUAUUAGUUCAGAUAUGUAACAUUCCUUAAAAUAAAAGAUCCUGUUCAAAGUAACUUCUCAUCAAAUGGAUAGGUGCUGUGGCAAAUUUCACUAAAAGCUCAAAUAUAAAUCCAUCUUCUGGUCUAAGCAGUCAGAGGAAGAUGGAUAAUCACAAUUUGAAAUAGUUACCAUAUUCCUCAGCAGUUCUCAAAACAAAGGUAUUGAUCAUAUUAGCAUCUGUAGAACCAGCAAAGAUUCCCAAAGACGUGAUUAUACCCUCUUCUAACCCACUGCGCAAUUAUUUCCAACUCUUAUCAACAAUUCAAAUACUUUUUUGAAAUUUUAUUUAAAGAUUCAGCCUUUUGUACUUUGUAUAAUCAAUUCAACUUGCUAGUCAUUUACAAGUUUUAGAUAUCAACUGAUGACCAGUUAAUACCUGCUUCAUUGACAUCCUAUCUUAAGGAUGCAAGAGGUCUGGUACUCACAGUGCCAUGCACUUUCACAGUUCAGGUUACAUGCUGACCUAAAGCAUUGAGCAACAUCAUUCUGUAUUUACUUUUAACCAGAUUCAAAAGAAAGUAACUUCUGAGAAACUGAAAACAGGAUGUCAAAUCAAAUGCUCAGAUUGCUACACUAACAAGCCUACACCCUUGUGUAAAUGUUGGUGCAGGCACUGUGCCCAUUAUCUACUCUAAUGUAUGUAAAGGGAAAAAGUAACAAUAAGUUGCUAUUGAAGUACUAGAAUAAAGAUGAAUGUACAGUGUUAUGAACUUUUAUCUGUUUUUACUCCAGCAGUUUGUUGCCACCUGUCAAAGCAACACUAGAUUCUCCUAUGAGCUAUUUGCAAGAGGUUUACUGUGCUUAAAAUAUAAAGUGUUCCAGUAAGGCUAUCCAAUGCUAUCUGUUGGGCAAGGCAAGAAGUUGGGUGUAAGUUUUACAUUACUGAAAUGAGAGCUAAAAGUAGAACCAACAAGUUUAUGAAGUUUAAUCUAUUGUUAGUAGCAAAGCAAACAAUGUGGUAGACACAAGAUAAAAGCUGAGAAACACCACAUAUUACGUCAAAAUACUGGGGGCGGAGCCUCUCUCUUAACCUGGUGGUCACUGUGGUAGCAGGCCAAUUGUGACUCCCAAGAUGUUGAUAGAGCUGAAGAGCAGACUAUAACUGCAGGAUAUACCUACAGGAGUCAGUAAGGCAUCAUAUCAGUUUAAUCUUUGUAAAAUCUUCCAGAGGGCAGCAAUGUCAUGAGGCACUAUGAUAUCCAAGUCUUGCAUACAGUAUUCAUAAUUUUCAUAUUGAUGUUGUUCCUUCAUUAAUUAUUUGGAAAACCUGCCAGCCAUUUCCUACCAAGCACGUUUUCUAUAACAUACUGUAGAUGGGCAGCAAAUGGAUAUCCAAGAAGAAAUAUUGAGAAAAAGGGUAAGACUGUGUUGGGCCAUGAAGUACAGGUCUCCCCCUGCUAUUCAAAAGUAGACCGUUCCUAUGAAACCUUUCAUAAGCCGAAAUGGUGUAAAGCGAAGAAGCAAUUACCAUUAAUUUAUAUGGGGAAAAUUUUUGAGCGUUCCCAGACCCAAAAAAUAACCUACCAAAUCAUAUCAACUAACACAUAAAACCUAAAAUAACACUAACAUAUAGUAAAAUCAGGAAUGAUAUGGUAAAUACACAGCCUAUAUAAAGUAGAAAUAAUGUAUAUACAGUGUAGUUUCACUUACCAGAAUCGGGAAGACAGCGAGCACACUGGAAGGUUCAUGAAUUUUUCUAUCAUACAGUUCUUCGUAAGCACUCAAAACAUCCUGCAAACCUGCCCUAAACCUACGCGCCCUUUCAAAAUUAAAGUCAUACUUUUCUGCAAUCAUUGCAGCACUGUCAAUUGUAGCGAAAAUCUCAUGCAAUUCAAAGCUAUGGCAGCUUAAUGCUGAGUGUAGUUCCCGGGAAAGGCGCUUGGUGGCGCCACUCACGCUGCUCAGGGUGUGCGCUGCCUCUGUAACGGCUCGCUGCAAAACAAAUGCUGAACGCCAUUUUCGCUUUUUGCCUUUUCUCAUAAAAGCGAAAAUCCUCUUCAGAUUUCUUUUGGUUAGCAAAAACAGAUACUAUUGUAGGUCUUUCGUAAAAGCAAAGUGGCGUAAAGCAAACUUUUGUAAAGCAGGGGACACCUGUAUUAGAUUAAUAAAAUGAUCAAAUCAUCUUAAAUGACUGUUU